AUGUGGCGAGUGGGUCUCCUCCUGGUGACCCUGUGUGCCACCCUAACGCUGGCCCAGUUCCCCCGACAGUGCGUCACUCCUGAGGGUCUGCUGAGUGGCCAGUGCUGCCCGUCCCCUGCGGGGGUGGCAGGGGAUGAGUGUGGCUCCAGCACAGGAAGAGGGCAGUGUGUGGCCAUCGCAGCAGACAACCGCCGCCAUGGACCCCAGUACCCUUACGCUGGGCGCGAUGACAGAGAGAGGUGGCCGCUGAGAUUUUUCAACCGCACUUGCCAAUGUAACGGGAAUUUCAGUGGCUACAACUGUGGGCAGUGUCGACACGGGCUGACUGGACCAAACUGUGAUCAAAGGAUCUCUGUGGUGAGAAGAAAUAUCAUGCAGAUGAGUGCGGCUGAGAAGCAGGCAUUUGUGAACGCCUUGGACCAAGCUAAGACGACUGUCCACCCUGACCUGGUCAUCUGUACACGACGGUACCAGGAGGUGUUUGGGCCUGAUGGCAACACCCCGCAGUUUGAGAACGUUACCAUUUACAACUACUUUGUUUGGAGCCACUACUACUCUGUCAGUAAAACGUACCUCGGGUCGGGCCAAACCAGCUUUGGAGGCGUAGACUUCUCCCACGAGGGCCCGGGUUUUGUCACCUGGCACCGCUUUCAUCUGAUUCAACUGGAGAGAGACAUGCAGAACAUGCUGGGCGACUCCACCUUCGCCUUGCCCUACUGGAACUUUGCCAUCGGGGGCAGCGAGUGUGACAUCUGCACCGACGAGCUGCUCGGAGCCAGGAGCUCCUUCGACAUGAGCUCCAUCAGCCCCAACUCCGUGUUCUCCCAGUGGAGGGUCAUCUGUGAGAGUGUGGAAGACUACGACACCUUCGGCACCAUCUGCAACAGCACAGAGACCAGUCCCAUCAGGAGGAACCCAGCGGGGAAUGUGGCACGGCCCAUGGUGCAGAAGCUGCCCGAGCCCCAGGAUGUGUUGGACUGUCUGGAGCUCAACGCCUUCGACACUCCUCCGUACUACUCCACCUCCUCUGAGAGCUUCAGGAACACCAUUGAAGGCUACAGCGCCCCCCAGGGGAUGUAGGACCCGGUGGUCCGAAGCCUCCACAACUUGGCCCAUCUCUUCCUCAACGGGACAGGCGGGCAGACUCACCUCUCGCCCAAUGACCCCAUCUUUGUCCUGUUGCACACAUUCACUGAUGCAAUCUUUGACGAGUGGCUCAGCAGACACCAACCCGGUGAAGUAGUCUACCCCGAGGAGAACGCUCCCAUUGGGCACAAUCGAAAUUUCAACAUGGUUCCUUUCUGGCCUCCUGUCACCAAUGCUGAGAUGUUUGUCGCUGCCACAGAAAACCUGGGAUACUCCUAUGAGGUCCAGUGGCCCACUCGUGCCUACACUGUGUCUGAGAUCAUCACCAUUGGCGUUGUUACGGCGGUGCUGCUGGUGGCAGUGUUGGGGGGUGUCAUCGCCUGUGCAGUGCGCGCCCGCUCUUACCGCUCAGCUGAGGCCCUGGAGCCACUGCUGGGAGAAACUUUCCGAUGCUACUCAGAGGAUGACCGAAGGUUGGACAAAUCACAGUCCGUUGUCUAAAUCCAAGCCUCUCAAGAGUGGCCAUAACAUUUUAAUGCAUGUUUG